AAAACUAAAACCAUAAACCAAACCAAUCCUCCAAAAAUGCAAAGUAGAAAUUUUGAUAAAGACAAGGAGAAAUGGCGAAAUCACUCCUUUGUUCUUCAACCCUAAACCCAUUCUUCUCUUCCACUAUCUCUUCAUCAACUUCUUCGAAGAAGAACCAAAUUGCGUACUCAGGAAACAGCAAGAACCAGACAUCGUCUCUGUUAUGUAACAGACGAGAUUUGUCUCUCGGAUUUAUGAGCAGCUUUCUUGCGAUUGGUCUCGUGGGUAAUGACAGAAGAAGCCGCGACGCGAAUGCAGCGAUUCUUGAAGCUGAUGACGAUGAAGAGCUUAUGGAGAAGGUGAAGCAAGAUCGGAAGAAGAGGAUUGAGAGACAAGCUGUUCUUAAUUCUGCUGUGAAGGAAAAGGGGUAUUUGCAGGAUCUUGUUUACAAUUUAAGCAAAGUAGGACAAGCCAUUGAGAACAAUGAUCUACCAGCUGCAGGUUUGGUUUUGGGGAAAGGCGUUGAUACCGAAUGGGUCAAAACGGCUAAUUUGGCUUUCACAAAGUUGAGUACAAGCCCCGAAGAGAAUACAGAGGUGGAAACAUUUAAUUCAUCUUUAGCUUCUCUUAUUACAUCAGUGAACAAGAACGAUAUAGAGUCAUCGAAGCUUGCUUUCGUUUCAUCGGCUGGUGCAUUUGAGAAAUGGACGGCUUUGACAGGUCUUUUGGGACAGCUUAAGGGAAUAUGAUCAUAGGCUACAAAUUGUUUACUUUUUGUGGGGUUUUUGUGUAUUUUUCUAUAGAUUGUCAAAGAAAAAUAAAAAACGAGGAAGAAAAAUGUUUUAUAAAAUCCAAAUUUCUUAG